AUGGAACUGCACAUUUUGGAGCACCGCCUGAAAGUCGCCAGCGUCGCCCAGGAGAGGAUCCAGAUGUUCACUUAUGGCUUGAUCAAGCUGGCUUUCCUGCCCUCCAAAACCAGGUGCAAGUUCUUCAGCCUGACAGAGACGCCGGAGGACUAUACCAUCAUAGUGGACGAAGAAGGUUUUCUUGAGCUCCCUUCAUCGGAACACUUAAGCGUGGCCGAUGCGACGUGGUUGGCACUCAACGUCGUCUCCGGAGGGGGCAGCUUCUCCAGCUCCCAGCCCAUCGGGGUCACUAAGAUCGCCAAAUCGGUGAUUGCACCAUUGGCUGAUCAGAACAUCUCAGUAUUCAUGCUUUCCACCUAUCAGACAGACUUCAUCUUGAUACGUGAAAGGGACCUUCCUUUCGUGAUGCACACACUGGCCUCUGAAUUCACCAUCCUCCGGGUCGUCAAUGGCGAGACGGUGGCGGCCGACAGCCUCGGAAUAACGAAUGGAUUUAUGAAGCCAAAACUGGUUCAGAGGCCUGUCAUCCACCCCCUUUCCAGUCCGAGUAACAUGUUCUGCGUCACCAGCCUGGAUCCUGAUACCCUUCCUUCUGUCGCUACGCUCCUCAUGGAUGUCAUGUUUUACUCCAAUGGAGUAAAAGAUUCUGUGGCAGCCAAUGAAGAUUCUGGCCACAUUCGCUUUUUCUCAUUUUCACUCAUCGAGGGUUAUAUUUCUCUGGUGAUGGAUGUCCAGACGCAGAAAAGGUUUCCGAAUAAUUUGUUGUUUACAAGCGCGUCGGGAGAACUCUGGAAGAUGGUUCGCAUUGGAGGGCAGCCUCUCGGUUUUGAUGAAUGUGGAAUUGUGGCACAGAUUUCUGAGCCUUUGGCUGCUGCCGAUAUCCCAGCCUAUUACAUCAGUACUUUUAAGUUUGAUCAUGCACUGGUAAGUCCCCCCGAAAAAAAAACACCCUUGUCAUUUCUCAGAGGGCCAAGCCCCUUUGCCCGUGACAUCAUCAGUAGGUGACUUCCUGGAUUGACC